AUGACUGAGAACCUUCACAGGGAACUCUUGCAACUGAAGAAUUGUGAGCCACUGACACAGAUGAGUGGUUCACAGAACGACUGGCUGCUUGGCAGCAUGCGGCAAUGCAGCAGCGAUGCUGUGCCCAAGGCUCGGCCACAUAAGGAGUUGCCGUCGUCGCUCGUGCCAGAGGAGGAGGCGGUCAGCCAAGGCCUCUCGCGCGUGGAGUCCGCCUCCACGCCACCAGCUGCACAGCUGGCGUCCAUUGCCGACGCGCGCAGCAGCGACAAAAACAGUGGCAAAAAGACGGCGCAGAAAAAUUCGAUGGGCCGCAGCAGCGGCGCCUCUCCGCCGUGCGGUGAGAACCUUGAGGGAACGCUCAUCACGCUCGAGGUCUCCCCGUCGAGCUUGGACUCGGAGGAUGUCGUGGUAUCGCCGUCCCGUGCCGCCGACAGUCGUCCGCGUGCGUCGUCCUGCGGCAAGCACAGCUCCUCUCCAAAGCGCGAGGAAGGCCUCUCGCACAAAGGUAAGUGGAGACGUGCAACCAUCAGCAGUAGCAGCGCGAGGGAUUCGAGCACAAGUAUGCCGCGCCACGCCCGUGACUCCGUAACGUCAACGGGAAGCUUCUCCUCCGUGCGGCGCUCAGGGAAACUAAAGUCCGCAUCGAAGACCAUCGGCGGCGGGGGCGGCGACGGGAAAAAGACACGAGGAUUUAUGAAGAACAACUUCAAAGCUCCGGCGGCGCGCGCACCAGCAGCACUGUCGCCGCGUCCUGUGCUGAGGAAAAACUCACGCGGUGCCACCACGCACUCGCCGUCACCGGCACUGCCAAGCCGCGAGAUGUCGGUCGCAACCGUCGCCGCUGCACAAAAGCGGGACACAGUGCGCGCAGCCGGCGCAUCGCUGCGGGCCAACUCAGGGGCGAACCAGGCCUCCCCUGAAGUUUUUGUUUCGUCUGAGAGCGAGGGCGACAACGCGUUGCCCUCGCCGGCACGCCACGGUUUGAAGCAGCGCACUGGCGGCCUGCCCACCACGCUGAAGACAAACUUGCAGCCGGCACAGCCAGCACUGCCGUGCUCCGCGUCGGUGUCGGUGUCGGCGGCGGUCAUCGAUGUCAUUGAGGUGACGGGCCAGCCGGAUGAAGAGGCACCACAGCCCUCGGAGGAGUGGGCGAGGUUUGCCGCUGGCGCGACGCUGACGCACCGAUUCCACAACACGGCGCCUGGCUUCCCUGAUGCUGAGGCGCUGGCGGUGAAGGCGGCUGCAACCGCUGCGCCUGAGGGCUGUGAGGUGAGUAACGUCCCUUUCUCACAGAUGAAACGCGUUGCGGUAGAGGAGUCACGGCGUGCCGAACGACAACGCAUUGAGGCAAAAGUGGGCGCAACACGGCGACAGAAGGAGAAGAAGGCUGCAGAAAGUCUAGUGUGGACGGAGGACUCUGAACGAAGCCAAUUGGAGGUCAUGGAGGAGGAGAAUAAACAGCAACUGAGAGAGACUCAACAUCAAGAAAGUAUGCGGCUAAUAAAAGCGCAGAAUCAAAGGACUGCAAAGAAGGACGAGGAGGAGCUGAGCCGAAAGGCGGCAGAGGCGGAGGCUGCGUCCAGAAGACGGCAAGCGGAAUCACCAGCGUUGACACCGAUACAAGAGGUGCGAGCAAUAACACUAGAUACACAUGUACCACCACCAAUAGCUCCAUCAUCAGUAACGCCUGCAAAGGUGGAGACAUUUAAAACACCGGUAGACUCGGCUGUGGCGAGGACUCCCGUGAAAUCAGUGAAAUCACCGAGUCCUGCAAGAUCAGCAGAACCAACAGCCACUUCCCGCCGGGGGGUAUCGCCGACCGCAUCUCCGGUGCCGGUGGAGCCUUUUUUCGAUAGACCGUACCUGAAGGAGCCACCAAAGGCGAAGUGCUGCACCGUCAUGUGA